AUGGAUAUAUGGAACUAUAUGGAGACAAAGCAACUCAAGGCUGAAACCUAUAGCUUUGAGGAUAUGGAAGGAGGGAAUCCCAGUAGUUUAGAAGAAAGAUCUUGGGAGGUAAAUAACAUCGAUCCGACCCUGGAGGCAGACCUGGUACUGUGGCGGCGAUAUAUAGAUGACAUCCUCUAUAUCUGGGGUGGAACACAAGAAAACUUGGAUAAAUUCAUUGGUGAGAUCAAUGACAAUAGGAGCAACCUGAAAUUUACCUCAAAUAUUGGAGGUGAGAAGGUUGAGUUCCUUGACAUUGAGAUCACACGAAGAAAGAAUAGAUACCUAUGCAACACUUUUCACAAACCUACGGCCAAGAAUGGAUAUAUUCCUUUCUCAAGUUGCCAUCUGCCAAGGUGGCUAACAAAUAUCCCUUUCGGGCAGUUUCGCCGACUCAAGCGUAACUGCACGGAAGAGGAUAAAUUUGAGGAGGAAGCCAUAGGCAUGAGUAACCAGUUCAAGGAAAAGAAUUACCCGGAUGUAAUUAUUAAUGAGGCUCUUGUAAAAGUAAAAGAGUUAGACAGAAAAACCUUUUUCAAGCCGACACAAGAAUCUAGACAAGAAAAUAACUCGUAUUUUAGAAUUAUUCUGCCUUAUAACAACCAGGCAAAACAAAUAAAUAUCUUAACUGGACCUACAAUGAUGAUGAAUGGGACCAUUAGUAACCCAAUUGUUAAAAGCAGCACUGAAAUGCAUUAUGAUAAUGACACAUUGGCAAACUCUUUCAAAUGCAGAACACACCUGCAAAUAUUCCAGCUAGUGGUCUAUUCAGUGGUUUGUUUAGUGGGAACCACAGGAAAUGGUCUGGUCAUCUGGUUCAGCCUCUUCAGGAUGGAGAAGACAGUCAAUGUGGUGUGGUUCCUAAAUCUUUCUAUAACUGAUUUUACUUUUGCAUUGCUUCUACUCUUCCCUAUUACAAGUGUAGCCCUUGAUAAUCACUGGCCGUUCAGUAAGUUCAUGUGUAAGUUUAUCUGGUUUCUUUUGUUUCUCAGUAUGGCCAUCAGUGUCCUCCAGCUUACAGUCAUCAGUGUAGACCGUUGUUUGUGUGUCACAUAUCCGGUAUGGUGUCACAACCACCGGACAAGAACACUGGCUCUGAUUGUAGUCCUGAUCAUUUGGAUUGUUUCUAUUGCCUCAGCUUUACCUUCUUACAUCUUCGGAGAUACAGUUGCUACAAAUAAUACAGAAAAGAUCUAUUGCUGUUUUAUAAACUCUGAUAUUAUCUGGAUACAUAUCUCCAAAUUUUUCUUUUUCAUCAUUGUUCCUUUCAUUGUUAUCGUCUCAUCUUACACAGUCAUUUUCUUGCGUAUCAAAGAUAAAAGAAUCAUCAAAUCUUCCAAGCCUUUUAAGGUCAUCAUAGCCGUGGUCAUCGCUUUCUUCGUUUGUUGGUUCCCUUAUUAUGUGUUUCUCCUUAUUAAUUUAUUUCAUCCUGGAAAUGACAAUUCAGCCAAUAAGAUUGGAUAUGUCAUUACUUUAGACUUGAUGUAUUUGAAUUGUUGUAUUAACCCCAUUCUCUAUGUCUUCAUUGGUCGGGAUUUCAAACAAAACUUCUGUGGCUCUCUCCAGGCUAUGUUUGAGAUGGCCUUCAGAGAAGACAUGAACAAGCUGUAG